UCAUGCCGGGGUAGGAGCCUUCACAUUCCACGUUGGACAGAAUGGGGACUUUCACACACUGGAGGUUGAAUGGGUUGAACACUGCAGUGGCAGUUCCCCGUGAGGAUGGACGCAUCGUUGGUGGACAGGAGUGUGAGCCUCACUCUCGCCCUUACAUGGCCUCCCUCAACUAUGGCUACCACUUCUGUGGCGGGGUGCUCAUCAACAAGCAGUGGGUGCUGUCGGUUGCCCACUGUUGGUACAAUCCCUAUUACAUGCAGGUCAUGCUGGGAGAACAUGACUUGCGAGUGUUUGAGGGCACUGAGCAGCUCAUGAAGACCAACACUAUCGUCUGGCAUCCUAAUUAUGACUACCAGACUCUGGAUUAUGACAUCAUGCUGAUCAAGCUCUUCCACCCUGUGGAGGUGACCGGGGCGGUCGCACCCAUCUCUCUGCCUGCAGGCUGUCCAAUGGGGGGGCUCCCCUGCUCUGUGUCUGGCUGGGGAAACACUGCCCUGGAUGGAGAUCCAGUGAACCUGCCCAUCCGUCUGCAGUGUUUGGACGUGCCCAUAGUUGAUGACGCGCAAUGUAAGAACUCCUAUCCUGGAAUGAUCACACAGAGGAUGAUGUGUGCCGGAUACAUGGAUGGAGGCAGAGAUGUGUGCAACGGCGACUCCGGCAGCCCUCUGGUGUGUGAUGGAGAAGUCCAAGGCCUGGUGUCAUGGGGUCGGGGAUGUGCCAAUGCUAACUACCCCGGCGUCUACGUCAAGUUGUGCGAGUUCCUGUCCUGGAUUGAAGACACGCUGGCAGCCAACCCCUGAAGAAAGAAAGUUUUCCCUCCUUGCUUCUUCCAUUUCCUUUCCUCUGUUCCUCACCCAUUCCUAUUUUCAGCCCUCACUUUUAUUUUACUUCUCUUUCUCUGGUGACUUGUCUCCUCCCCCAGAUCGAGACUCAGCACACAUGUGCCGGAACAUAAAAAACACAAUAAAACCACUUGGUGUUCACUGUCA